UUUUAAGUGACAUUUUAAUGCAUUUCAGGUAAUUUUCUUCAUUUUCAUGAUUUCUGAGGCAUUUUGAGUGUUUAAUUUCUUUAAACAUUUAAAAUCUUGCUAUUUUAUACCAAAAUUCUUGAUAUUUAUAACUUUAAAAGCGACAAUUCAAAAACGUUGCCCGUAAUCUACCUGAAAAGCUCAAACUUUACCAGGUGUGCGAAGUUUUAAUCUUAUAGUGCGCAUGCUCUUGCCUACCCCAAGAGUUAUAAAACCGUUGCGCUACACGCGACUGCUUAUUCCACAACGUGCUUGGUGUUCGAGCGAGCGCCCUACGUUCAGUCUGCGUCCGAGUCGGUUUUAGUGAACUUGUGUUUUCAUAGACGACUUUCAACGACAUCGGCACCCCGCUGUCUGCAACAACGAACCCCAACUUGCAAAAUCUCAUCAAUAUAAUACUAAAGUUAACAUGAACUAAGUGUGCUAAGUGACAUUUAAUACACACGAUUGAAUUGUGUGAUCAACAAGUGAAUUAGAACUAUUUCUAACGCGUUUCCUUGGAUUUGCGGAUCAACCGUUUUUUAAAUUUCGAAAUGGCGAGAUCCCCACAAGCUGACUCAUCUCUAUACGCUAAACUAGAUCCCACGUAUUUCUCAGACGACCGCGUGUUACUGAAUCUUCUUAAUGAUGAACAUCUCUACGUGCCGUCUUUCAAUUACUUCAACACUUUCCAGACGGAUUUGCAGCCGUUCAUGCGCAAAGUGGUCACCACAUGGAUGCUGGAGGUGUGUGAGGAACAAAUGUGCGAGGAUCAGGUACUGCCGCUGGCGAUCAACUACAUGGACCGUUUUCUCUGCGCGUGCAACAUAAAACGACAGCAGCUGCAGAUGCUCGGCGCUACCUGUCUGCUUCUCGCCUCCAAAGUGCGCUCAUCGUCGCACCUUCCCAUUGAUCUCCUCUGUGCAUACACCGACUACAGUGUCACACACGAACACAUUUCGAGUUGGGAAUUACUGGUGUUAUCCAAACUGAAGUGGAAUUUGGCGUCCAUCACUGCCUUUGACUAUGUCGAUCAGAUCAUCAGUCGUCAUCCAUGGGGUGUUCAUCAGGACUUGCUCCGUCGUCACGCGCACACCCUCAUUGCAGUAUUCUACACCGAAACGAACAGUAUUCAAACACCGCCAUCUUUGAUAGCCGCCGCAUGCAUCACCUCCGCUUACAGAGGACUUAAACUCCCAGUGCCAUUGAUUGUCACCGUGGAUAUUUGCGCAUCCACCGGCGUUGAACAAUCCAUGCUGGAAAAUCUAGUUCAGUUUGUGGAUCAAAUUGUUGAAGGCGCUGUUGUGCAAACACCAGAACCCAGAGCUACUCAAGAUAAAUACGUCACCAGUGGGGAAUUUGAAAGUCCCACCUAUGGACAACCUGAAACUCCCACAGAAGUCGACAACGUUUACUUCUAAUUUAUUUUGAUUUUAUUUUUUGGAGACUUACGAGUGCUGGCGAUUUUUACACUCGAGUUGUUCACAGUUUUAUUGUUGGCGGUUGUUGCGUUAUUUAAUUUUUAAUGGUAGUUUGAUUGUUUGGACAAAAUUACCCAAAAAAAUGUUUGACACAUGAUCUCAAUCAACAUUAUCUCUACACAGUAUUCAAGUUUCAAAUUUUACAAAGCUAUUGAUGCGUCUAAAGUGCCUCAACGUGCCUUAGUACAAGACUUAAAUUAAAUAAUAGUUGUAAUAAUAAUAGGGCAUUGAUAUAUGUAAUGAUCUCACUAUAUCUAUUUUUAUAUUCAAGUUAACAAAAGUAACACUUAACGUUUUCUUACCCUUAGGCGAAUAUUAAUCUAUACUAAACUAUAAGUUCUCGUUUCUGUGAUUUAAUCAAAGAUAAAUAUUAACAAAACAAACAAAAAACAUUCCGUAAAAUGUAAAAAAAUUGAAACACACAAAAAAAGCAUAAAAAAUUUGCAGCAAAAUGAUACAAAAAAAAAGAACAGUUUGGCGUGAAAAAUUUCUGGUUGGCGAUUAUUAUUUUUUUAAUCUUUAUUUUAUUUUAUAUCGGUUUGUUAUCUAGUCGUUAAUAAUGUAUUGUAUUUUUUGUAUAUUUUAUUGUUUCCUGCAGAUGGCGGGCGAACUAAUGCUAGAGUUGACUUAAGCAUAUUUUUUAGCAUUUUCUUAUUUAUUAUAAAGACACCCUCGCGUAGAGUCGUUUUCUCGUGUAUUCGCGACCAACCAAAGGACAAUUAUUUUAAUUUUUUUCUCAUUAUUCCAACGUAAAGUUAAGAAGUAUUUAUAUUUACGAACAUUGCAAGUUUCUGAUGUAAUAUAUAGUAUUUUCUAUUUGUACUUUUCAUCCAAGUGUUGAUUGUAUUCUCUUUUAUAAGCAUUGAAAUCGUUCUGUUGCGAUUUUUUUCUAUUCUAAUAAAUGUGAAUUUGAGUAUUAA